AUGAAUCCCGAACUAUCUACCACCGCCACGUGCCCCGAAAGACCUCCGCCUGCCGCAUUUAUAAAAGCUAAUUAUGUACCCAAAGAAUCCACACCUAUUCCCAAGAAACAAGAGACAAUAGAAAAAGAAACCCCGUCGUCUCUUUGGACCGAUAUUUACAUUGAGCUCGUCUGCAACACUUUUAAGCCAUACAAUUGCGAUACAUUUAUGGCACACACUCAUAUUGCCUCGGCUAUUUCAGCAAAACUCGGUCAAUCGGCUCCACCCCUGACUUACCUUAUCGUAAGCACCUGCGAUAAUGUGUGCUGGGUUUGUGUUGCCAAAUCCGAUUUACUAAAAUUUGUCGACUCUGUCACAAGUUGGGAAGGCUAUGACAUACCUAUCGGCCGCAUAACAUGGAACUACAAGGGUGGAAGCAACUGGAUGUGUUUACUCGAGGAGUAUGAAAAGGAAAAAGCAAAGGAGAAAGCGGAAAACGAAAAGAAGGAAAAGGAGGAAAAGGAAAAGAAAGAAAAGGAAAAAGAGAAGGCGUAG